AUGAAGAUGCUGGAUUACGGGGCUGAUGAUGCAGGCAGCAAGAUUACGGGGCACACUGAGGUGAUCGUCCCGGGCCACAUCGAGGCUGAUGGAGACGCAGUGGACGGCCUGAACAAUCGGCUUCUGCGAGCCACUGAGACCAACGACGUGGCGGCUGGCGGUGGCAUCGAAGAGAGGAGACUCACGGAAAAGAUGAGUUCAAGCACAAUCAAGAAGCUGCUCAAUGACGCCACCUUUCUGGAGAAGACUUUCAGGAACUGGAAGUUUGAGUCGGCUAUCCGGUCACGCUGA